UUUGUUGAAAUAUUUUUAUCAAAAUUACAUUUUUGUACAAGAUCUAAGACGAUUUAAACCAUUUUGAUAAAUUAUCCUUGUAUGAGGACAACCAGCCAUGCAUCGCUGGUUUUUUGCCACCGAGCGGGAGGAGUGUGAGCCGAAGGCGCAGGGGGAGGAACUUAGGACCACCCAGGAUGCCGAGGAGCCACCGACUCCGGUCACAAUUCCCACAACCGAGUGGCCCUUCUGCGUGAAAUUCCACCGUCAGCUCAGCGGGAAUGAAUACGUGGCCAUCAGUGGCAACUGCCCGUCUCUGGGCAACUGGGAUCCCAAGAAGGUGUACCUCCUGGCGAAGAACGAGUGCAUCGACUGCAUUUGCAAGUGCUACCAGUUCGAGGCGAAUCUGGAGAUACCCCGUAACAUCAACAUCCACUAUCGGUACUGUGUGGUGAUCCACGAUCCCAAGUCGGAUGAGGUGUAUAUCCGCUUCUGGGAGUCGCAGCUCAAGCCGCGGGUUAUCCGCACUUGCCAGAACAUGCUGAAGCGGUGCGACACCUUUGGAACACCGCACGACGACGACGAGGACAACAAGGUGGAUCGGGGAUGGGCCACCACCGAAACGAUUGUGCAUUUAAAGAUCUUCAAUGCUCCCUUCAUCUGGCAGCAUCAGAAACAGAGGCUUUUGUACGUUCAUGUGCAACCCAUGUUCGAGGUGCCCGAAAAUCCUUGCUCUGAGAAGCAAGAGCCCUUCAAAGUGGGUUCGUCAAUCACGCGCCAGUCGCACUACUUGGACACUCGGGAAAGUAACCCCGACGACCUUCAUCUGCGACUGGCCCAGGUCGAGGUGGUCAACCUGUGCUCCCAAAAACCGCUGGCUUUUCAGACCGAGUUUGGAGUGCGUUGCGGUCCGGAGGACAUGCAGUUGUUCCACUGUUCCAUUGCCUUUCCGGCGGACACGCUCUACCGCUUGGAUCUCUACACCUACGCCCAUAAGGCGGCCCCGGAUGAGCCAGCCUAUCACUACGGCUAUGGAUUCCUGAUGCCCUCGCAACUGCUGGACACCGAGGGCUGUGCCCGGGUGAAGAUCACCUGCGCCUCCACCCACCGCCCGCUGAUGGAAAUGUGUGUGCGCUACCUUCUGAUUCGACCUCUGCCCGAUUUCCACUGCGAUCUAAGUCGCAGCUACGAGCGCUACUGGCGGAAGAGUCGCCUGUGCAUGAACAUAGGCCACAAGGGAUCGGGAAGUACCUAUCGAAUAGGCGGGGAUUUGGUAAGGGAGAACACCCUGUACGGGUUCAAGCAGGCUGCUUUGGCCAACGCGGACAUGGUGGAGAUGGAUGUCCAGCUCACGCAGGAUGCCCAGGUGGUGGUGUACCAUGACUUUGUGCUGCGAUUUCUGCUGCAGCGAAUGCCCUGCUACGAGGAUCUGCUGGCCAAUGUGGAUCUGCUGAUAUUCGCCUAUGAGAAACUGAAUAAACUGAUGCUUCUGGCGAUGGGUGGGACCAAGCGAAAGGAUCUGAUAGCCGUUCCCCUGGAGGCAUUCACCUAUGAGCAGCUGAAGGAGGUGAAGGUUCUCCGCUUUGCUGGCAGCAAGGGCUGCGAGAUGUCCUGCGAUAGGAUGCUGCAGGAGCAGAGACCAUUUCCCCUGCUGUUUGACCUUCUCAGCGAGGAGAACCUUCCCGUUGGCAUGGGCUUCCUCAUCGAGAUCAAAUGGCCCCAGCUGACCAACUUGCGGCGCUGGGAGAGCGGCAGCUUCAAGCCCACCUUCGAUCGCAACUUCUAUGUGGACACCAUCCUGGAGUUGGUCCUCAAGAAUGCCGGCAAACGGCGCAUUGUCUUCUGCAGCUUCGAUGCGGAUAUUUGUGUGAUGGUGCGGUACAAGCAGAAUCUUUACCCGGUGACCCUGCUCGUAGAGGAUCCGAGUGCCCCUGUUCAGUACGCAGACCAGAGGGUGAGUGUGCUGGAGAAGGCCGUGGAGUUCUGCCACUCCCUGGAGUUCCUGGGUCUAACCCUGCACGCCAAUUCCCUCCUGAACAAACCCUCCACGAUGGCCUUUCUGCAUCAGUUCGAUCUGGAGGCCUUCACCUAUGGCGAGAGCACCACCAGCCUGGAGAUUCGCAACCGACUGAGGCGGCACGGUGUGCUGGGCGUCGUCUACGAUCGACUGGACCAACUGGACCAGGUGGGCGAGGAGCUGGAGGGCGAUGUCGUCUGCACCAUUGACUCGCUGACCACGAGGCGCGUGAUUCGGGAAACGGAGGUGGAGGAGUGGCGCCAGAAGUGCGGCUACAAGCCGGAAAGCGCCUUCGUAGAGCGAAACAUUUACAUCGAUUGAAGGUCUUACCCCGCUGACUAAUAAAGUAGCGCAAGUUAUGUGCCCUGCGAUAACAGCCAGCAAA